AUGUUCCUGCAGGGAACUCCUGAUACUGACAGCGUAUCGGAUCGCUGGGGAGCUUUUGAUAUUGACGACGUUUCGGAUCCAUGGGGAACUUAUGAUACUGACGACGUUUCGAAUCCCAGGGAACUUUUGAGGGCAACACUGAACAAGAAAGAGGUGUCUACGCUGAAAGAGCGGUUUGACAACACCAAACAGACUCUACAACUGACUGUUCAGAUUCAAAGAGCUCCCGUCAUGGAGAAAGCUGUGGGAGUAUUCAGUCGGUCUUCUUUGGAGACCGAACUAGCUGCAAAGGAAAAUGAGAUUUCCCAGCUAGCUGAUGAUAUACAGAGUCUUCAGUCCACAGUCAACUAUUUGAAAGAAGCAAGCGCUUCACAAAUUAUUCAGCUGGAAGAAACAUUAAUAGAGAAAAACAAAACCAUUCAGGAACUGGAAGAAAAACUCAUCCAACAGAAGGAUUAUGAAGAAAUAAAAAAGGAAUUAAGUCACAUGUUUUUCCUAGGAAGGAUAUUCUCAUAGCAAGAUUUUGAAACAAUGUAGAGGUAAAG